CAACCCAAACGCACCAUGGCUUGGGGUUACUGGAGCGCCACCACGGUGUCCGACAGAGGGCGCAGCCCUCGCAGAAACCAGAACAACACCUCCAAUCAUGCGCAAAGCAUGCCGAUCACCAUAGAAGACAGGCCGUCGGUGUCGCAAUCGUACAUACCGGUGAAUUCCAACAAUAACGCGCCCGCUCCCCAAACUACUAAUGUGGAGUUUGAAGAAAUCACUCCCGUCCAUCACCAGUUGUCCAGGAGGCCGUCGUUGGAUUUGGGGCCCCAAGGAACACUGGCGGGGAUCAUUUGUGCGGCGCACGGUAGUCGUCCGGGAGGUGGAACGUUGUCAGCGGGGAAUACUUUGACUAGGGUAGGAAGUCGGCACACGGCUGUGGAAUAUGCGGUACCGCACCAUUUUUAUCACCAUCACGCUUGCGUCGAGUACCACCAACCACAGCUGAGCUUUUCAGACGAUGACUCCAGUUCUGAACCUGGAUACGCUACAGUUUUCCCCAAUGUGCCGUCGCAGCCAGGAAUGCCCUGCCAGGGCGAGGACAGAAGUAUUUAUAGAAGAGGAGCACGUCGGUGGAGGAAGCUUUAUAGGGUUAAUGGACACAUAUUCCAAGCUAAAAGAUUCAAUAGGAGAGCAUUUUGCGCGUAUUGUAACGAUAGAAUCUGGGGAUUAGGCAGACAAGGUUUCAAGUGUAUCCAGUGUAAACUUCUCGUUCAUAAGAAAUGCCACAAGGCUGUAAAUAAACCUUGCACGAGUGAGCAUCAAGAACCAGUAAUUCGAGAAGACCACAAUGGGGAAGCGCAAGCGAAUAAUACGCCGAUAACCGAGUCCAAGUGGGAGAUACGAGAAAAAGAUUUUCCGGAACCUCCGCCAGAUGUCACUGGCGAAUCUGUUCCCGUAGAAGACCCCAACAAGCCUGUCGACGAUUUAGAACCCGGCUCUCAACGCCAAUAUUCCCUGAACGAUUUCGAACUGAUCCGCGUAAUCGGCCGCGGCUCCUACGCCAAAGUCCUGAUGGUAGAAUUGAAAAAGACAAAACGCAUAUACGCCAUGAAGGUGAUUAAGAAGGCUCUUGUUACCGACGACGAGGAUAUCGAUUGGGUGCAAACCGAGAAACACGUUUUCGAAACUGCUUCCAAUCAUCCGUUUCUGGUCGGAUUGCAUUCGUGCUUUCAAACGCCUUCGAGAUUGUUCUUCGUUAUUGAGUUCGUUAGGGGUGGUGAUUUGAUGUUUCAUAUGCAGAGGCAGAGGAGGUUGCCCGAAGAACAUGCGAGAUUCUAUGCUGCGGAAAUCUCCCUCGCCUUAAACUUCCUCCACUGCAAGGGAAUCAUCUAUAGGGAUCUGAAACUAGAUAACGUACUAUUGGAUCACGAGGGUCAUAUCAAGUUGACUGAUUAUGGUAUGUGUAAAGAAGGUAUUAGGCCAGGCGAUACUACAUCCACGUUCUGCGGUACGCCCAAUUACAUAGCUCCCGAAAUUUUAAGGGGCGAAGACUAUGGAUUUUCCGUUGAUUGGUGGGCUUUAGGUGUCUUGUUGUACGAGAUGUUGGCCGGCCGCUCGCCAUUCGAUAUAGCGGGAGCGUCUGAAAAUCCAGACCAGAACACUGAAGACUAUCUAUUCCAAGUGAUUCUCGAGAAAACUAUUCGUAUACCUCGAUCGCUUAGUGUGAAAGCUGCGAACGUUUUGAAAGGAUUCUUGAACAAAAACCCGGCUGACAGGCUAGGAUGUCACAGCCCUGAAGCUUUCGUUGAGAUUACGGGUCAUCAGUUUUUCAAAAGUAUUGACUGGGAUAUGUUGGAACAGAAGCAAGUACCCCCUCCCUAUAAACCACGAUUGGACUCAGAAAGAGAUUUAGCCAAUUUCCCACCAGAAUUUACCGAUGAACCUGUACACCUUACACCAGAUGAUCCACGGGUAAUCGAGAAGAUCGAUCAAUCAGAAUUCGAAGGGUUCGAGUACGUGAACCCGCUACUCAUGUCGUUAGAAGAUUGCGUGUGACAUAACGUCCUCUGUGCAUUGCAUCCCUCCAACCUGCCUCCACCGCCACCACCGGCGGCGGCGCACCGUUAUCCUCCUCCGUUGUUCCCGCCACCGCCGCCUCCGGACCUGGGGGACUCCGCCGUGGACAUCGGCAACGGGGGACACUACCUGCAGGUGGACGUGAGACCGCAGCCCGCCAAAUCUUUACUUCAAAAUAUCUUUUGCCUUCCUCUCAACUAGUGCUUUAGUGUCUAUUUCAAAUCGAAAAGUAUUUAUGUAUUUAUUUAGUACUUAAUCGUUUAUUAUUUCUUCUUUAGUUUAUUAGGGUGCUCAAAUAUAGAAUGUAUUAUCUAUCCGAGUUCAGUAUUGGGCUAACCCGUACUUGUACCCUCCAUAUUGCCAAAUUGUCAUGUCUGCCGUCUAGUCUUAGUCUGCUGCAGUUUUUAUUGUAUUGUAUAGAGAAAUUCGGUUUUUUGCCAAGAAUGCCGUUUUCUAAUAAAAUAGUACGUAAUGUCAAUGAAAAAAAUUAACUUCCCAAUUUUUUUUUUGAAGUGCUACUUCGUUAGGCGCGCUUGGGAAAAUUGUUGAGGGUGAAUUUUUAUAAAAACGACAGUAUGAACUACGCGCACAUACAGACAGUAUGAAGUUAGUUGCUAAAUAUUUCAAGUUACAUAUCGAUGGCUUAGUGUGAAAACCUCGUAUCUCAUAAAAUUACAAUUUUACAGGAGAGGCAAAAAAUGAUUUUCUGCAUAAUAUAACCUAAAAACAAAAAUUACGUUACGUAUUUUUAAUUCGAGCACAUUGAGACAAAUAUCUGAUAUUGGCACAGAGCUAAAAGUGUUAAAUGUGGCUAUUAAAUUGGAAAUACAAAUAUUAACUAUGAAAAACACGUAAAUAUCCUUGCAGUAUAUAAAGCCUUUGCCCAAGUAACUAUGAUAACCUCGUAUAUCUUGAUAUACGUGUUUUUCAUCUCAAAUGAGGUUGUGUUUAUUAUUAUUUACGAGGUUUUCAUUUUUCAUAGCUUAUUGCACACCUCCAAAUAGUAGGUAGAUACAAUACAAAUCUUUUGAUUUAAGGUUCAUAAAAUGUUCCUAUAUGCCGGACUACCUUUUGUUGUUCACAAAAAACAUUUCUGCAAGUCGUAUCUCUCAAACAAACACUCCAAAUUAAGUACCAAAUUCUUGGUUAUAAAUAUACGUGGUAUUCACACUAAAUCAAGAGAGCAAUUGAUAUACGUGGUUUCUUUUUUCGGCUAUAGAAAAUAGUCUAGUGUAUUUGGAAUUUUUCUAACAGUUGUAAAUCGUGAGAUACAAGGUUUUCAAACUAAAACCACGAAAAUGUCAUUUUCGAAAAAAAAAAUGAGAUACGAGGUUUUCACACUAAGCCAUAUGUAUCAGUACAAAAGUAAAGUGUGAAAAAAGUAUAUUGGUGUUUCUAGUAAAUAUAUUUUAUUAUAAUUUGUGGGUCUUUGGAUUUGUCUUCGUCGGGAAUAGGAUCAUAAAUAUUAAAGUAUGAUGAAAAUUAGAUUAGAAAACAAUGUUAAUAAUAUUAAUUUGUACAAUCUGUCAAAAUAAUUCAUGGUACCAGACGAACUAACUGUCAUGCUAAUUUGAGACAUAUGUUUUUGAAAUAGAAGUAUAUAUUACUAAUAACCUUUUAUUUAUUUUAUAUUAGGUCGAAAUAUUUCAUAAUUUAUAUUAGAAUACUGGAUUAUAAUGAAAUAUUCCUAAAAUUCAGCAAAAUUCUAAAUUUUCUGUUGUCCUUUGCUUACGAAAAGAUCGACAUAUGACAGCGGCUGUGUGGGUAGUGCGAGGUUGCCAAUUUUUGUUCUAGGUUUCUCUAUAUGUACCGAUGCAGAAUAUUUACGUUUUUGGGAAUUAUGAUACAGUGUUAAAAAAGGGUGACCGACCGCUUGGGAAAACCACAUGCCUUACUUUUUUUAUUUUUGGUAUUAUUUUUAAGUAUUAAAAUUAGUUUAAUAUUUAAAUAAAAAUACAAUUAAACUGUUUAAAAUAUAUUUAUUUCGUUGAAGUCAUUAUAAUAGAAGUAUAACUUCUUACGUGCGUACAAAGCACACACACUUUUUUUAUACGACUCUUACUGUUGCAUCGAAUUACAGCACAUUUAAAAUAUUUAAAUUUUUUAGCAAGUUGAUUUUUUCAAUGAUAUUAUGUAGUAUUUCAUUAGAAAACGACAUUCUUGACAGAAAACUGAACUUUUCUACAUAAUACAAGGUAAACUGCAACAGAGUAGGAGUCGGUAAAUUGCAACAGAGUAGGAGUCGACUGUUGACAUGACACGUUAGCAAUAUGGAGGGGGUAUGAAUACGGAUUAGCCCAAUAAAACCGUUAAAAUAUAUAUAAUUAACUUUGGUACCACUUCCAAAUUUUGUUUAUUGAGAACUUUAUAAGUAUUAACGUUGGUAUUUAUGUUUUAUUUUUUAGAUACGUUUUUUUAGUCAUUGUUAUAAGGUUAAUCAAUGAACGUAAUUUCAUGGUAUUAAAAAAUAUAAAAUUAUAAAAUAAAGUGCACAAAAUGAA